AUGUGGGGCCUGGUGAGGCUCCUGCUGGCCUGGCUGGGUGGCUGGGGCUGCAUGGGGCGCCUGGCGGCCCCAGCCCGGGCCUGGGAAGGGGCCCGGCGGGGCCCGGGACCAGCCCUGCUGCGGACCCGAAGGAGCUGGGUGUGGAACCAGUUCUUUGUCAUCGAGGAAUAUGCCGGUCCGGAGCCCGUCCUCAUUGGCAAGCUGCACUCGGAUGUGGAUCGGGGCGAGGGCCGCACCAAGUACCUGCUGACCGGGGAGGGGGCAGGCACCGUGUUUGUGAUUGACGAGGCCACAGGCAACAUCCACGUCACCAAGAGCUUGGACCGGGAGGAGAAGGCCCAGUAUGUGCUACUGGCCCAAGCCGUGGACCGCGCCUCCAACCGUCCCCUGGAGCCCCCGUCAGAAUUCAUCAUCAAAGUGCAAGACAUCAACGACAAUCCCCCCGUUUUCCCCCUCGGGCCCUACCACGCCACAGUUCCUGAGAUGUCUAACGUCGGGACAUCAGUCAUCCAGGUGACCGCUCACGACGCCGAUGACCCCAGUUAUGGGAACAGCGCCAAGCUGGUGUACACUGUGCUGGAUGGACUGCCUUUCUUCUCCGUGGACCCCCAGACUGGCGUCGUGCGUACCGCCAUCCCCAACAUGGACCGAGAGACGCAGGAGGAGUUCUUGGUGGUGAUUCAGGCCAAGGACAUGGGCGGCCACAUGGGGGGGCUGUCGGGCAGCACCACAGUGACAGUCACCCUCAGCGAUGUCAACGACAAUCCCCCCAAGUUCCCGCAGAGCCUGUACCAGUUCUCGGUGGUGGAGACAGCUGGGCCGGGCACCCUGGUGGGCCGGCUUCGGGCCCAGGACCCAGACCUGGGGGACAACGCCCUCAUGGCAUACAGCAUCCUAGAUGGGGAGGGGUCCGAGGCCUUCAGCAUCAGCACAGACGCCCAAGGUCGAGACGGGCUCCUCACUGUCCGAAAGUCCCUAGACUUUGAGACCCGCCACUCCUACUCCUUCCGUGUGGAGGCCACCAACACGCUCAUUGACCCAGCCUACCUGCGGCGAGGGCCCUUCAAGGAUGUGGCCUCGGUGCGCAUAGCUGUGCAGGAUGCCCCGGAGCCCCCCGCCUUCACCCAGGCAGCCUACCACCUGGUGGUGCCCGAGAACAAGGCUCCUGGGACCCUGGUGGGCCAGGUCUCAGCCACUGACCUGGACUCCCCCGCCAGCCUCAUCAGAUACUCCAUCCUCCCCCACUCGGAUGUGGAGCGCUGCUUCUCCAUCGAGCCUGAGGACGGCACCAUCCGCACAGCUGUGCCCCUGGACCGCGAGGCUCGAGUCUGGCACAACCUCACAGUGCUGGCCACAGAGCUUGAUAGCUCCGCACAGGCCUCCCGUGUACAAGUCGCCAUCCAGACCUUGGACGAGAAUGACAAUGCUCCCCAGCUGGCUGAGCCCUACGACACCUUCGUGUGUGAUUCCGCAGCCCCUGGCCAGCUGAUUCAGGUCAUCCGGGCUUUGGACAGAGAUGAAGCGGGCAACAGUAGCCGUGUCUCCCUUCAAGGUCCUCUGGGCCCCGAUGCCAACUUCACUGUCCGGGACAACCGAGACGGCUCCGCCAGCCUGCUGCUGCCCUCUCGUCCUGCUCCGCCCCGCCAGGCCCCCUACCUAGUUCCCAUAGAACUGUGGGACUGGGGGACCCCGGCACUGAGCAGCACUGCUACCGUGACCGUCAGCAUGUGCCGCUGCCGGCCUGAUGGCUCCGUGGCAUCCUGCCGGCCCGAGGCUCAGCUCUCACCCGCCGGGCUCAGCACCGGGGCCCUGCUCGCCAUCGUCACCUGUGUGGGCACCCUGCUUGCCCUGGUGGUGCUCUUCGUGGCCCUGCGGCGCCAAAAGCAGGAAGCACUGAUGGUGCUGGAGGAGGAGGACGUCAGGGAAAACAUCAUCACCUACGACGACGAGGGCGGCGGAGAGGAGGACACGGAGGCCUUUGACAUCAGCGCCCUUCAGAACCCCGACGGGGCCCUCCCGGGCCCCGGGCCUCCCGCGCGCCGGGACGUGCUUCCCCGGGCUCGGGCGCCGCGCCAGCCCCGGCCCCCCGGCCCCGGCCCCGGCCCCGCCGACGUGGCGCAGCUCCUGGCGCUGCGGCUCCGCGAGGCGGACGAGGACCCCGGCGUGCCGCCCUACGACUCGGUGCAGGUGUACGGCUACGAGGGCCGCGGUUCGUCCUGCGGCUCCCUCAGCUCCCUUGGCUCCGAGGCCGGCGGCGCCCCCGGCCCCGCGGAGCCGCUGGAUGACUGGGGGCCGCUCUUCCGCACCCUGGCCGAGCUGUACGGGGCCAAGGAGCCCCCGGCCCCCUGAGUGGGGCUGCCCUGCCGGCCCUGGUGGGGCAGCCCGCACCGGCCCUCUGAGUGAACCCCCGUGCCCAAGCAGGCGGCAGCAGCCCAGGGGCCCCAAGCCUUUUCCCCAUCCCUGUGUCCCUUGUCCCUGACCCGCCCCUCAGGCAACCCUCUCCUACCUCCCUCCUCCUGCGUCUUCUGUCUCUCUCCAGGGACCUCUGUCUCUGGAACUCUGUCUGGGUCUGGGUUGUGUGGCUCUGACUGAGUCUUCUGUUCUGUCACUGUGAUUCCACCUUCUCCCUCGCUCUGUUUUUGUCUCUGGAUUCUAAAUCUCACACGUGCUCUCUGUCUCCCUUGCCCCCACACACAUGCUCUGUGUCUGUCUCCUGCCACAUCUGCCCCGUUUCUCCCUGGGUCCCUGUGACUGGAUUUCUGUGUUUUGUCCAUCCCAAAAGCAAGAGAAACUUCCAGCCACUGCUGCCCAUCUUCCUGCAGGGGAUGUUCUGCCCCAGACCUUCCCGC